GAAGACCGUUUGCGCGGAGUUCGCCGUGCUGAGGAUGCUCCAGAGCGACGACGCGGUCAAGCGCUGCGUCUACGUGGCGCCCCACGCGGCCACGGCCAGGGAACGGUUCAACGAGUGGUCGCACAAGUUCGGGAAGGUGCUCGGCUUCAAGGUCUCCGAGCUGAUCGGGGAGACGACCGCAGACGUGAAGAUCUUGGAGGAGUCCAACGUCGUCAUCACGACUCCGGAGAAGUGGGACUUGAUGAGCCGCCGAUGGAAGACCCGCAAAAGCGUGCAGGAGGUGCGCCUUUUCGUGGUGGACGAGCUGCACCUGCUGGACAGCGACGUGGGCCCCACCCUCGAGGCAGUAGUCAGCCGCAUGCGCUACAUCUCGGUGCAGGUGCAGUCCCCCAUCCGCAUCGUUGCGCUCGCGGCCUCGCUCGCGAACGCGAAGGAUGUCGGCGAGUGGAUCGGCGCCCCCGCUGGCGGCGGCUUCAACUUCUCGCCGAACGUGCGCACUGUUCCCCUCGAAAUGGCGCUUCCCCCCUGCGCUAGAUGUGGCCGCGGCGGCGACGAGGCCGUUGCAGAGGCCGUACUCUUGCCGGCUGCGUGCAAGGAGGCGGCGUGCAGCUCGCUCCCGCGGCGGCUGCGCGUGGCGCCCCCGCCGGGACUGCGCCGGGAGCGGCGGCCCGCCCGCGUCGCCAAGGCCCCGCCCUCGCCGCUCAGCGCGCCCGCGGCCCCCCCUGGGCUCGAGCCCGUCGAGCAAGAGCCCGAGCUGGAACCACAGGCGCCAGACCCUGUGCGCUUCUGCCGGUGGUGCGGCACCUCGGUACACGCCCAGCUGCUCUGCACCGCCUUCUGCACGCAGUGCGGCGGCAGCCUCCAGCACAUGGGCCUCCCUGGGGUGCCUGCAGAGCCGCCGGCCGACGCGAGGCCGGCGGCCAGCUGCGGGAAACCGACCUCGGCAGGUCGGCUGGCCGCGAAAGUCCAGGGGGAGUUGGCUGGCGUCUCGGGGCCAGCCAGGUCCAGGCCUCCCAGCGUCUCGGAGACGUCGCGCCGCUGUCAUGCCUCCAUGGUCGGCGACCCGGGGACCGCUUGUGGGCAGGAUGGCGUGCGCCCGGGCCGCGGCCUGCACCCGUGCCCGACUUCUACGGCUCCAUCUCAGCAGCCGUGCGUGCGCAGUGCGGCCUCGAGAAGCUGUCCCCGGCUCAAAGGCGAGCGCUGA